UCCUUCUCUCUCUCUCUCCUCUCUCUCUCUGUCUCUCUCUCUCCCUCUCUCUCUCUCUCUCCCUCCCUCUCUCUGUGAGCUUUGAGACCCGGGACUCUGAGGGGAGAGAUCAGUCCAUAACACGGCAGUCCUCCAUGGCUCUGUGCAACGGAGACAGCAAGCUGGAGAUCAACAGCACAGAGCAGAAUGGGUCAUGUGAAGGAGCGGUGGCGAUCCUGGAUGCUGGGGCCCAGUAUGGUAAGGUGAUUGACCGUCGGGUGCGAGAGCUGUGUGUGCGCUCUGAGAUCCUUCCUUUAGAGACCCCGGCCUUUGCUAUCAGAGAACAGGGUUACAGGGCAGUCAUCAUUUCAGGAGGCCCAGCCUCUGUUUAUGCAGAAGAUGCCCCCUGGUUUGACCCUGCCAUAUUCACUAUAGGAAAGCCUGUCCUUGGGAUUUGCUAUGGGAUGCAGAUGAUGAACAAGGUGUUUGGCGGCACAGUCCAUAAAAAGAGUGUGAGGGAAGAUGGAGUGUUCAGCAUUGGACUAGACAACACUUGCUCUCUCUUCAGAGGCCUUCAGAAGGAGGAACUGGUCCUACUGACCCAUGGAGACAGUGUGGAUAAGGUGGCUGAUGGCUUCAAAGUGGUGGCCCAAUCAGGGAAUAUAAUUGCCGGAAUUGCUAAUGAACAGAAGAAGCUGUAUGGGACACAGUUUCACCCUGAGGUUGACUUGACGGAGAGAGGCAUGGAGAUGCUGCGUACCUUCAUUUUCGAGAUUGCAGGAUGCACAAGCAACUUCACUGUCGAAAACCGCCAACAGGUCUGCAUUGACGAGAUCAAAGAAAAAGUAGACAAAUCUAAAGUGCUGGUGUUGCUGAGUGGUGGGGUUGACUCAACAGUUUGCACAGCUCUCCUCAACAAAGCUUUGAACCAGGACCAGGUGAUAGCAGUCCAUAUUGACAAUGGCUUCAUGAGGAAGAGAGAGAGUCAGAGUGUGGAGGAGGCCCUCACCAAGUUGGGAAUCAAACUCAAAGUGGUCAAUGCUGCUCAUACCUUCUACAACGGAACAACAACCCUUCCCAUUUCUGAUGAAGACAGGACACCACGAAAACGUAUCAGCAAAACUUUGAAUAUGACGACCAACCCAGAGGAGAAAAGAAAAAUAAUUGGAGAUACAUUUGUAAAGGUGGCAAAUGAAGUAAUUGGGGAGAUGAAUCUGAAGCCAGAGGAGGUUUUCCUUGCCCAGGGUACCUUGCGGCCUGAUCUCAUUGAGAGCGCCUCUCAUCUUGCCAGUGGCAAGGCAGAGGUCAUCAAAACACACCACAACGACACUGAGCUCAUCCGCAAACUCAGAGAUGAGGGAAAAGUAAUCGAACCGUUGAAAGAUUUCCAUAAAGAUGAGGUCAGAGCACUGGGGAGAGAGCUGGGCCUGCCAGAGGAGAUCGUCUCCAGACACCCUUUCCCAGGUCCUGGUUUGUCUAUCAGGGUGAUUUGUGCAGAGGAGCCCUACAUCUGCAAGGACUUUGCCGAAACAAACAACAUUCUGAAAAUUGUCACAGACUUCUCAGCAAGUGUCAAAAAGCCCCAUGCUUUGCUGCAGAGAGUCAAGUCGUGCAUAUCAGAUGAGGAGGAAGAGAAGCUCAUGCAGAUCACCAGCCUUCAUUCACUAAAUGCCUUCUUGCUGCCCAUCAAAACUGUUGGCGUCCAGGGUGAUUGCCGGUCCUACAGUUACGUGUGUGGUGUCACAAGUAAAGAAUCUCCACAUUGGGAAUCUCUCAUGUUCUUGGCCAGACUCAUCCCUCGAAUGUGCCAUAGCAUCAACAGAGUUGUGUAUGUAUUCGGUUCCCACGUGAAAGAACCACCAACAGACAUUACCCCGACCUUCCUGACCACAGGUGUUCUGAGCACGCUCAGACAGGCUGACUUUGUAGCUCACUCUAUCCUUAGAGAGUCUGGCUAUUCCGGUAAGAUCAGCCAGAUGCCAGUCAUCCUGACACCCCUGCACUUUGACCGUGACCCACUGCAAAAGCAGCCAUCCUGCCGGCGCUCCGUUGUGGUCCGCACCUUUAUCACCAGCGAUUUCAUGACUGGCAUUCCCGCCAUGCCGGGCAACCAUAUCCCAGAGGAGGUGGUUCUGAAGAUGGUGAAUGAGAUCAAGAAGAUCCCCGGCAUUUCCAGAGUCAUGUAUGAUCUGACCUCCAAGCCACCUGGCACCACAGAGUGGGAAUGAAACCCAUUACGACAUACCCAUAGAACACACACUCACACACAAUGCACAAACACUCUCAACAGAUAACAGAGAGGGCUGGUGAACUCCCCCUUUUCAGUCCCCCUUCCUAUUAUUCUCACCCUGCUCCUCUUCCCACCUCCUGUACCUCCACCCCUCUCUUCAACAUUCCCAUGGAAGGCAGACCGUACUGUGACGGGCGCACAUGCAGAGGCGCCUCUACUCUGCUCUCCUCACAACUCCUCCUUGGUCUUAAUAUUUUUGGCGAUAGGGAUUGAUUAAUGUUGGUUAUUGAUAAUAUAUUGUCAUUUUUUGAUCCAUGUUCAACAGUGUUUUCUUCUUUAAUGAAAAGGUGAAUUGCUGCUUCCUUUUGUAAGGUCAACCUUUAAAGACAAGCGGUGAGAAGCUGUGAAAGUUCACAAUGUGGACUUUAAUGUUGCAUCAGAUUGAGUUAUGGGAUGAGCUGAACAUGAAAAGCAAACAGUAGUGUCAAGGAAAGGAAAAAGAGCAGAUAGAGAGAGAAUGAAAAUGUUCAGUAAUUAUUUUUUUUGUCUGGUGUCUGUCUUACCAUUGUAGGUCAGAAUGUUCUCAACUUUAGACGAUCCUCUGAUGGUUAGUUUUCACUUUCUGCCUCUAUACUGUGCUUUGAAGAAGGUCGUCUGUUUAAGGUAAAUUUGGACAGAUGUCCCUUGUGACCAAUCAAUAAUUUUUAAGCUUUCUUUCUUUUUGCCAAAAGUGGAUAUGCUGUGGUGAUGUAUAAUGUUAUGGGUUCCUCUGACGAUCUGUCAAAGCUACAUUUGUUGAAAAGAUCUCUUGACUUGUUGCUGAACCCUUUGUGGACAGCAGUCAAUCCAACAUAAGCUUCAGUAUGAGGACUAGUAUGCAGAUGUGCAGGAGGCCAAUAUGGUGGGUGACUUUGUAUGUGCCUGUUUAAUUGCUUUUGUUUAUUCCUUUGGAUAUUUCCAGAAAGGAGGAUAUAACACUUUUUUCUCCUCAUGCUGCAAUAUGUAUGCUUUUUAUGAAGAAUAAAAAUGGCAAGGGGGCUAGCUAUUAAUGAAAUUAUAAGUACAGUAGAGUUUAUAACUACAUUGUGUAAGUUGCUGUUGUCAUUUCAUCACCAUUUGGCUGCUUCUUUGUUGUACAAGGGCAUAUUUUUUGCACAUUUAGGCUUGUUUCCACCUUUUAAGUAUUGGCAUAAUCAGCAUUACAUCCACUGAGAACUUCACCUCAUAAAUGUGUCCCUAUGUAGUGUCAAAGUUCGGGUUAUGAGCACAGUCUGUUGCCAUCUCUAAUGUAAGCUCACUGUGUCUGAGAAAGCUUAUUUUUUUCUGUCCUACACUGUCAAAACAUUCAGCACACCAUGCCCCUUGUCAUAUCUCAGUGAAUACAGUGCUCAGGUUUAACUGAGUUUUUAAACGUGUAUUGUACCUGAAAUAGACACACUCGGACGUUGUGCUUCUUAUGCCUCCAGAAUAUGAUUUUGUGCCUCUCUUCCUCUGUUAAACCUUAACCUUUAGUGGCGAAAUACUCCCAAUGCAACAUGAAUUGUUUUUCCUAACUUGUCUGAACUGCUAUUAGUGUGUCUCCCCCUCUUCUGCCUUUUUCUUAGUAGGUAUAUUCUGUUACAGAAAGUGUGUCUCCAUUACAAACAACACCGAGAGGAUAAUGGACACUAUUUUGUAGUUUAACUGCAAUUUCAAUAAGAUUAAGUUAUGCAAUUUAAUGUUUGUUUUUUCAGUUUUGUUCAAUAACGCUCAUUCUCCUUUAGUCACGUGCCUCAAACCAAGCCACUGCAUGCAGUUUCAUCGAUGAUGACAUUUGUAAAAUGGAAAACUGAGCUUUAAUAAAGAUCUUCAUGUUGAAA